AAUUGAAGGAAUUCCGAACUGACCGAAUUACAACGAGAGACUAGAUUCGAGUUUGUAGUUAUUCUGCUACCUGACGUUUUGGCUAGCCAUCUCUUCAAGAUUGUUUAGUCCGUCCUUUGAUUUUUACGAUCAUGUACAAGUUGAAGCCGGUCGUCCGUGCUCCUCCGUUGAUUGAAAACACAUGCCGUAUGUAUAAGCUCAAAGAUUUACAACAGAUAUCGUUCGCCGAGGUGCCGAAGAGCGACAAGUCUGACAAGUUGCAGGACAAUUUAGAUGAAACAGAAUUAUCUGACCAAGAAAUUCAAGUACUCUUAAAAAAACAAAAUGAAAUUAUCAAAACAUUAGAACAACUUGAACUUAGAUUAAAUAAAUUAGAUGUAAAAUUCCCUGAUUUAAAGGAAAGUGUACCCCUUCCAGAAAAACAACAAUCAAUUCAGUGUAAUGUUCAUAAAAAACAUGAAAGCAGUCUUAAGUCUGUAGUCAAUGAUAACAUUGAAAAUCUGAUAAAAAAUGAUACUGUUGUGUUUGCUGAUCCAGAAGAUCCACCUUAUUCUCUAUUGACUUUACCAAUCUUGUGGCCAACAGUUGCAUGGGAUAUUUCUUAUCACAUACAUUCAUCUGUAUCAAAAGAUUUGAAAGCAUUAGAAACCAUUAAAGCAUUCAAAAAUGUGAUUUGUAAAAACUCUAAGAACAUUGUAAAAGUCUUUGUAAUAUGGCAACACAUUAAGCCUAGUCCUAAAGUGGUCACAUCUCCAACAGAGUCAUCUAUCGGUGAAGUAUCGUUAUUACGGAUAUUCAAUCAAUAUCUACCGCUGUAUGAUGCUGAUCAAAUAAAAUCUGAUAAAACUUUAGACCUAGUAAAUGAAAUUGGGUAUUCGGAAAAUGAUCGAACUACAGAACUGUAUCACCUGAUUAAGGAUUCAAAUACAAAACUGAACAUUACAAAUAUUGUUAUAUGGUCUUUGUUGUACAAAAAAAGUAAACACCCACUAAACAUAGAAAAGUGGUUAUCAUACUUUACAAAAAUUAUAAUUGUGUAAAAAAUUUCUUAUAAAAAAUAAAAUAUUUAUUUACUUAGA